AUGCUAAAUAACAAUGAUCAAGCCUCAGAUCAUGUGCCAUCAAAAUCAGGCUUGUCCAACUCCUGCCAUGCUCUACCAGUUGUGGCAACCUUCUGCCAUGCUGAACCAGUUGUGGCAACCUUCUGCCAUGCUCUACCGAUUGUGGCAACGUUCUGCCAUGCUCAACCAGUAGUGGCAACUUUCUGCCAUGCUCUACCAGUAGUGGCAACUUUCUGCCAUGCUCAACCAGUAGUGGCAACCUUCUGCCAUGCUCUACUGGCUUUGGCAACCUUUUGCCAUGCUCAACCAGUAGUGGCAACCUUCUGCCAUGCUCGACCAGUAGUGGCAACCUUCUGCCAUGCUCGACCAGUUGUGGCAACCUUCUGCCAUGCUCGACCAGUUGUGGCAACCUUCUGCCAUGCUCGACCAGUUGUGGCAACCUUCUGCCAUGCUCGACCAGUUGUGGCAACCUUCUGCCAUGCUCAACCAGUUGUGGCAACCUCCUGCCAUGCCAACCUUCCAUGGCAAGAAGCUACAUUUUGA